AAAAAAAAUGCAUCAUCAACAGCGGAUGGCAGCUCUGGGAACCGACAAGGAGCUGAGCGACUUACUGGAUUUCAGCGCGAUGCGAAACAGCGAUUUGAAAAUGUUCCCAACAUCCAUGAUGUUUUCCCCUCCUGUUAGCAGUGGAAAGAACGGGCCGACCUCCCUGGGGAGCGGACAUUUCUCCGGCUCAACUAUGCAGGAGAGAACAAGUGCAGGGUCAUGGGCGAGUGGAAGUCGUUCUUCCAAGAGUUAUGCAGAUGGGUCCCAAUACAUGGCGUCACAUGACAGCAUCUCACCUCCAUACGCCAUCUCCAGCCGGCUCACAGGUAAAACCGAGAGGAGCUCAUACUCGUACGGCAGAGAGUCCAACCCGCACUGCCACCAGUCGAGUGGCGAGAUGGGUCUGGGGAGUCCCGGCGCGGCAUCGCCCACCAAGCCGGCCGGCCAGUACUACCAGCACUACGGCUCCAACCCGCGGAGGAGAACGCUGCCUAUGGACGCCAUGGAGGUUCAUCCAAAGAAAGUGCGGAAGGUCCCUCCCGGCUUGCCGUCCUCGGUGUACGCUCCGUCUGCCAGUACAGCGGACUACAACCGGGACUCACCGGGAUACCCCUCCUCCAAACCUCCCGGCGCUGGCUUCCCAAGCUCGUUCUUCAUGCCAGACGGUCACCACAGCGGCGACCCCUGGAGCAGCAGUAGCAGCAGCAUGAGCCAGCAGGGUUACCACGGCAGCAUGCUGGGGGGCGGGAACUCGUCCCACGGCCCCACCCAGAGCUCCUCCUACUGCGGGAUUCACCCUCACGACAGAUUGAGCUACCCGUCGCACUCGUCUGCAGACAUCAACUCCAGCCUCCCCCCCAUGUCCAGCUUCCACCGAGAGGCGGGGGGAGGAGGAGGGGAAGGGAGCGGCGGAGGGGGAAACCACUACAGCGCCGCCUCGUGCACCGCUUCCACCAACGGCACAGAAAGCAUCAUGGCUAACCGAGCGCCGAGUGCAGCAGCCAGCAGCUCUCAGACAGGGGAAGCCUUAGGGAAAGCACUCGCAUCCAUCUACUCUCCGGACCACACAAACAACAGCUACUCGUCAAAUCCCUCCACCCCAGUCGGCUCCCCGCCCGCCCUCACAGCUGCCAGUUCAGCCGCCUGGUCGAGGAACGGCGGACAGGGAGCGUCGUCGCCAAACUACGAGGCUCCGUUGCACUCUCUGCAAAGUCGCAUCGAGGACCGCCUGGAGCGUUUGGACGAUGCCAUCCACGUGCUGCGGAGCCACGCGGUGGGCCCGUCGACAGGUAUGCCCAGCGGGCACGGUGACAUGCACAACCUCAUCGGGGCCGCGCACACGCACAACGGCGCCAUGGGCGCUCUGAGCAGCGGGUACGGCUCGGGACUGCUGUCGGCCAACAGACACUCCCUCAUGGGGGGCUCUCACAGAGACGACGGCAGCGGCGUGGGCGCUCUGCGCGGCGGACACUCGAUGGCGGGUCAGGGGCCGGGGCCUCAGCUGCCAGUUCAGUCGGCCACGUCGCCGGACAUCAACCAGUCCGACCAGUACCGCGCGCUGUCUGGAGGCCUUCAGGGCCAGCGCACCUCCUCCGUCAGCUCGGAGAUCAAGUCGGAGGACGAGGGGGACGAAAACCUCCUGCAGGACCCAAAGUCCCUGGACAACAAGAAGGAAGACGGCGACAGCAAGGACCUGAAAUCAAUUGAGAGCAACAACGACGACGAGGACCUGUCUCCGGAGCAGAAGAUGGAGAGAGAGCGGGAACGGCGGAUGGCGAACAACGCGCGGGAGCGUCUUCGGGUCCGAGACAUCAACGAGGCGUUCAAGGAGCUCGGCAAGAUGGUGCAGCUGCACCUGAAGAGCGACAAACCUCAGACCAAGUUACUGAUCCUGCACCAGGCCGUGGCCGUCAUCCUCAGCCUGGAGCAGCAAGUCCGAGAGCGGAACCUGAACCCCAAGGCGGCCUGUCUGAAGCGCCGCGAGGAAGAGAAGGUCUCCGUGUCCUCGGACGGGGGUCCCCUCUCAAUGGCCGCCGCGCACCACGCCAUGGGCGACGCGUCGAACCCCCUGGGACAAAUGUCCAAGGUGCCAGAAUUUAUCAAGAUGAUGAGCGACCACUUCCUCUGACAGCGUUUCCCAUGACAACCCGGAUCGCCCACCCCCCGUCCCCCCGCCGCCCCGCCUCUGAUCUCCGGAUCUUCGGCCUGACCAAUCAGAUCAGCCUCUCUCUCUCUCUCUUCUCGUCUUUCUCUUAUCCUCCUCCUCCUCACCUUCAUCUCCUCCUUCUUCUGAGAACACGAACUGCAGAGCCACAUUAGUCGCCGUCGUCACUUUGCAUCUCCGGCCGAACUGAACUGGAUUGCCGCUUUGUGGAGACGUUAAAACGGCCGCCGUCACACGGCCCGCUACAAGGUGGCGGUCUGUGAGGAGCUUUUGACACAAAGUUACAGCAAUGGACAAGUCUUUGGAAUCACAUCAUCCAAGAAAUCCUUCUUCUUUUACGACUUGUUUUAUCAGCAUUCCCAGUUUUAAAGAACAAAGGGGUUCUAUAUAUAGUAUAUAUAUAGAAAAACAAACAUGACAAAAAAACUUGUUGAAAAAGUGCAACAGGGCAGUGAGGGUUUACGGGUUGUGGAGGGUUGUUCAUAGCGGAGCAGAACAUAUCACAAAGUGUUUCAAAGAGUUGUUUUCUUUGUGUGCGUGUUUUUUUUUAAGCAACAUUGCACAGCUGUCGUUGAACGCAGCUUCAGCGCGUCUCUGACUGAAUGGCAAUCUAACGCCACACUGUGGAUGAAGCUGUGCCUGAUGUCCUCUUGGAUGCAAACCAGUCAGAUAAGAUACACACGGAGAAGCGAAGCAAAGGAAAAAGAACAGAGAAACGGGAAAUAUUGCAAGAAGUAUCGCAAAAAAAGCAAGCUGUCCACCCAUAUGUCCCCUUACAAGCCACACCUUUCCACAGAUCAAAGUAUAAAUGUAAAAGUAACAAGGUAGUAGGUGCCGAGUCAUUCGAACAAACCCGAUUAAGUUCGCAAACGCUUUUUGACUAUCAUGCCUUCGGGAAAAACGGGGCUCAACAGGAAACAACGGGGGCAACUCGUUCUUCCCCUUUUAAUGCAUUCCCUCUCACAGUAGAUUGUCAGUGUAAAAAAAACCUCAAACUCUUCAUGUUUUAUGCCAAUGUUCACAUUGACUUUGUUCUUAAGCAAGUGGCAAAAUCGUACGAACUUCUAAAGUUUUAGUGUGAUCGCAAAUACAAAAGGACUGGACGGUUGGCCCGUGUGUAUCUACUGGGAGGAAGACAAUACUCCAUCAAUCAUCGAAUCAGUUCAUCAAUCAAUCAGUAAACGACUCCAGAGGGACCGAGGUGUUUUAGUUAUUGAAGCUAGGAUUACAGACGAAGAAACAUGAAGGAAGAAAUCAUGCAGUGAUGAAAAAGUGUACAUCUAAAUGCGGCGAGAAGGAAAUACUUUUUCUUGGCACCUUCAUUCGAGAUUGUUAUUGUGGGUUUUAUUGUGCGAAUGCAAACACGACGACAGAAAGAAAGAAAGAGCUCGGGCAAACAUCCUUUGCCCACCGGUCAGAGCGCGCAGGAGUUCUAAACCUUUGUUCAGGCCUUUGUUGGGCAGAUGGUUGGGCAGAUGGACAGAUGACUCAUAACGGGGUGGCUGGAUGAGUGGGAGGAGGGAGCACUGAAGUGAAUUCUAUUCCAUGUUUUAGCACAUUCCCUGAAUUACGAUCACUUGAAUCGAGUGGUCCGGGAUGUCCCCGGAAGCCAGAACUACAAGAGUUUCGGGAGUCAUUGGAUUUGAGAGGGCCAACAUCCUUAGCAGCUAGAGAUAGAGGCAGAGCAGGAAGAAGCUAUUGGUCGACAUGACGGCACCGCUGAAAGGAAAGCAAGGGAGCAAUCAUCAUGGCGGGGAGUAUUAUCCUUUUCUUCUGGGGUGCCAAGCAGCAGUAGUCAAAGCAUCCGCGUGUGUUGGAUUCAUUUGGUUUCCUUGUUUAGGAUCUGGCAGAUCAAAACCCCCGAACAUCUGACCUCAACUCUGGACAACCCUGCCCCAAGUAAAGACCAAGGGGGACUUUCUGAUUGACAUUUGAUGUCUCGCGAAAUAACAGAUGAGUUGAUGGUAGCUGAGGUGUCUGUUGCUGGGACCAUUGGCUGCCAUGAGUCUGGCAUGUCUGACCGGGGGUUUAGACAUUCUGAUUACCUCGGUAUGCUCAAUGUACAUGUAAAUUAGAAACAUAGGCAUAUUUGGUUCGAAUGAGACCAGAUCCAUACUGACCCAGAUUGGCUUGGGAGUGAUGUAGGAUCAGGAUCAAACAGGACUUUGGCAGUGGCAAAAGUCAUGACUGUGACCUGGAAUAGAUGAAUUCAGACCAGAUAGGUCAGGAAGGAAACAUUAGGGUUCAUUGCGUUGCUAUGCAUCCCGGUCUACUCUUCAACAACAGGGGAAGGUAAUUGGAAUAUCUUGUUUUCUGAUGUCAAUCUGAAAGUCUCCUUUUACCAUCACCCCUGAUUAAGCCUUCCUCAAUCCAGGCCUUUGUUUAAUACCCAGUCCCAGUUCUGUCUUCUCUGCUGACCCUAGCCUUAUGAUCCCUAAACCAGAACCCAAGCCCCUCUUCCCAGACUUGUGCCCCCACCUAAGCGGUCCCACAGAUGCAAUUUGAACAUUCACACUUCUACCAAUGUGCCUUUUUAGAGUUCAUAUCAUUCGAGUUGCCAGAGGAGGACAUUAACCUGGUCUUUUAAUAGGAUGCAAGCUUAGGGAAACCUGUUCUUAGUCGUUAGGUUCUAUGCAGUCAGGUUUUUUACCAGACCUGGGAAUUUAAAAAAACUAAAAAGGAGAAAAAAAGAAGUAUUUUUUGGAUAAAAAACAACUAAAACUGUAUUUAAUGUACUGUACGCUUAUAUGUAAGUAGACGGCGUGAUCUGGCUUUGAGCCAGUAAGACAGAUGCUUGAUUUAGCAAGAUGAGCCCCCAUCCCCGUUCCCCUCCUACCCCUCAAGUUCUCCAUAACCCCCAAAACCCUUCUUGUUCCAAGACCCAGCCCUGUUUCCAUGGUGAACAACGCGUCUCUUCUUGUAUUAUAGCUUAUCAGCUUUUUAUCAAUAUUUGAUCGGCUUGUCCGUAAGCCAAUGUAGUCUUCAGUACAAAGUGUGUGGUCGUAUGUUGUAAAACAGAUUUUCUUUUUCUCUCUCUCUCUCUCUCUCUUGCUUUUUUAAGACUCUUUUCUCUUAUUACUUUUUCUUUGUCUGUUCUGGUUUACAUGUAUAUUAUAUAAAAUGUAAAAAAAAAAAAGAAAGAAAGAAAGAAAACACACAAUUCGUGGUUUGACAGCAUUGUUCUCUGUCGAUGGUCAUUUUGAUAUGGUUAAAAUCCUACCCAAUCAACAGGAAGGCACGGAAACUGGAAAAGAAUAUUUGAGAAAAUCAAUCUAUAUAAAAAUGUACAAAAAAAGUAUCUACAAUAUAUAAGGAGGGUGCCCUUUUCUGUUAUUUUUUUAUUUUCUGGAGCGUUUGCUUGGGGAGGAAUUAUUUUCUCAAGGACUGAACAGGCAGAAGUUGGCAAGGCCCCUCAGUGUUAAACAUUUUCAGCUGACUUUGUUGUGUUGUCUGUCGACGCCAACGACAACACACUCCGAAUAGUACGGCACCCUGCGCAGGACAAAAGAGGACCGGAGUUCCAUCAGCUCCACACAAGGCAACAACACACAGACGUUUGUAAAUUGUAUGCAACAAAAUGGCAAACUUUACCAUUAUUUUGAAAUUGUGUAUGUAAAAGUUAUAUUUUUACAUGUAGACUGUUGUUAUUUUGUGUUUUAGAAAUAUGUUGUAUCUGUUGUUUUGUUCAAAUAUGAAAACGUAAAAAAAUUCAGUGUGUGUUGAAAAAAUGUGCCACAUUGAAAAUGUAGUGAGGUCAAAAGGUUCAGAAUAUUAUUUUGUAUUAUUUUUUUCAACAUUAUGUUUAUAUCGGCGGGAAACAUUUGAGGGAUUGUGGGAGGAAUCAGAAAUCAUAAAAGAUAAAUGAUAUUGGUUCAAUUCUCCAUGCCUCAUGACAUUACCAUUUUUAAAUGUAUUUUUUGCAGAGAAAAGUGUAAAUAGUCAUAACACAUUUGCUGUGGGGGGAGGACUUGCCAGUGUGAGGCAGUGAUGAUGAACUUGUUUAUAUUUUUAGUGAGGUUGUAUUGGUCCAGUCACAAUAGCCAGGGCCAUCUUUGAGUUUCAGUCCGUGGUGCUCAGGACUGUGUGUGCUUCUGCUCGACCCUCUGAAGUCAGUCAAAUUAUUCUCUUAGCGAACACCAACAAUCACUCGUGUCAGAGCCGGAGAGGCGCCUACUUUACACAUGUGAAGAUGUAUUUUAUUUGAUAAGGAGGAGCAAAAAAAUGAAAGCAAAUACUUGUUCCAUUCAAAUUUCAUUCAUAAAAACAAAGGAUAUCAGAACUCAAAAGUAUACUACCUGGUUUUGCUUUAUUUAUUAUUAUUUUGAUAAUCAAAGAUGUAUAAAAAAUAGGUUAUGAAAGAAUACACAUUUCUUUGUCAGAAACUUGUUUAUGGUAGUUUAACAAAAUCUAUGAAUUAAUGUUUAAUUGGAUUUAUGUUAUAAAAAAUUGAACUGAAGUUCCCGAAGAGCGUUGACAAAUUAAAUUAUACCUGGUGGCUUUGAGCCGGCUCUGACGCCUGUGCAUUUAUUCUCUUUAGGAUGGGUUGUAAAUGUUGAUUAAAUGAAACACCCUCAGCACCUGAUUCAAGAUUAAUAUAUGAACAUUUUGUAAAAGAUUGGAGUGUCUCUAAUAUUUAAAAAAGCAGGUCGUCAGCAAACAAUCUUAUCAGCUAUUUUCCCAAAAAGAUUCCCGAUCAUGUGCGAGGCAGGUCCAGUCAUUAGUUUUUAGUGUUUGCCAUACAAAUUGAGUUUUUUGUCAAUAGGAGAAGCUGCUUUGAAUUGGACCUACAGGUUAAACACGAGAAUUGAAUGUGUAUUUUUUGCGUACUGUUAUUUUUGCAAUGCUUCAUUUUUGUAUUUUCUCUUUGUUGUAUAAUCAAGUCAUCUCCUGAAUUCCAGUAUCUUCAUUUUUAUGUUACCCCUGAUGUUUAGCCAGAAGUUAUUUUCUUUUCCCUCCUUGUUGUACAUACACACCUCAUCUCUCUUUUUCAGUGACUGUGCCAUGAGCUUUGUGAGCUGUUACUCUGUACCAGUUUUACUACAAUAAUGAGUUGAAUUCAAAAUGGCC